UACCACCCAUGCAUGCAUGUUAACCAACAUUCACACUUUAAAAUAACCUCUGUUAUGUUAUAAAGCUGUACUUUAUUUACUUUUUUGGAAAAGUGAGAGUGAUUCAGUGAAGAUUUAUCGGUGUAAAUAAAUAGACAAAAAAAUACGAAAUACGGCAUUGGAUACACAGCUGCGUUUAAAAGUAUGACACUUCAAGAUUUGACGUUACCUUUUCGCGCUCCAGUGUAAGCUUUUGUUGACAAUUUGAUACAGUUUAUGUUUUAAAUAACAAUGGAGUAGAAAAUCAAAACGACAUAACAUUCUCCCUUACGAUCUUAUAAAAUAGAGUACUUACAUUAAAAGAUAGUCUUCAGCCUGCAGUUUAUCAUGACAACAACAGCCCAAUAGAUAGCAACAUGAAGACGGACCUCUGUGCAGAAGAUAUGGUGGUAAGACUGUCUACUCCACAGGCAAUAACGCAGGCGGAGGCGGGCGCGGCGGGCGCGGGCCGCGGCAGCUCGGCGGCGCUGGAGUGCGGGCGGCGCCUGCUGCUGGCUGCGCGCGCCGGGGACACGCCCACCGUGCGCCAGCUCAUGGCGCAGGGCGCGCCCUUCACCGCCGACUGGCUGGGCACGUCGCCGCUGCACCUGGCGGCGGCCAACGACCACGUGGACACGGUGGCGGUGCUGCUGCGGGCCGGCGUGUCCCGCGACGCGCGCACCAAGGUGGAGCGCACGCCGCUGCACCUGGCGGCCACGGCGGGCCACGCGCGCGUGGUGGCGGCGCUGCUGGAGGGCGGCGCGGCCGUGGACGCGCGCGACAUGCUGCGCAUGACGCCGCUGCACUGGGCCGUGGAGCGCGGCCACGCGGCCGUGGCGCGGGCGCUGCUGCGCCACGGCGCCGACCCCACGGCCGAGUCCAAGUUCCGCAAGACGCCGCUGGCGCUGGCCGCGGCCGCCGCCGCCGCGGGCCGCCCCGACAUGCUGCGCCUGCUCGAGGACUGCCUCAAGGAGCGCGAGGCGCAACGCUCCGUCGACGCCAUCGUCGCCGAACGACCAGCCGAAGAGUCGCCUACGUCGAUCGAGGCCGACGUCGAGAGAGGGCAGAGGAUCGAAGAUCGGCGACCGCCGGUCAAGCCCAAGGCGACUCCGCCACAACGUGAGAGGAUCGCGACUAAGAUCGACCCAAAAGCGGAGGCGGCGGGCGGCGCGGCGGCGCUGCUGCGGCGGCACGGCAUCACGCUGCUGCCCACGGACGACGGCAGCACCGUGCUCAGCGCGCUGCAGAGCGGCCGCACCGUCGUGCUGUCGGACGCGGGCAAGCUGAUGCUGAAGGAGAGCGUGGGCGCGGUGGGCGCGGCGGGCGCGCGCGAGGCCGGCGCCGGCGGCGUGGUGCUGACGGCCACGCCCGUGGCGGCGCCGCCGCCCGGCGUCAAGGUGUUCACGCUGUCCAGCUCGGCCAAGCUGCUGCCGCGGGACCGGCCGGCGCCGCCCGUGAAGCUGGUGCAGCUGGCGGGCGCGGCGCCGGCCGCCGACGCGGCGCGCCCGUCCGUGCGCAUCAUCAUGAACAAGCAGAACUUCCGCAAGCUCAUCGCCACGGCCACGCGCGCCAGCGCCGCCGAGGGCGCGGCGGAGGAGGCGUGGUCGUCGGAGUCGUCGUCGGAGGACGAGAGCGUGGUGAUGGUGCCAGAGCAGUUCGUGCGCUCGGGGUCGGCGCAGUACCUGCGCUCGCAGCUGCUGUGUGCGCACGCGGCGCUGCAGCAGCUGGCCGCACGCCUGCGCAGGGCCCGCGCCCGCCUGCGCCAGCGCCCGCCGCCCUAGGGGCGCGGCUCUCCCUUGUCUCGCUGGCGUCUUCGCGUGCAGGAACGAACGAUAAACGUGCAAAAUUACUCGGAACAUGGAUAUUUUUUACAUUUUUACGUCAUAUUGGGAUGACGUGUUAGCUCUGGGAGCCAUGGCUGGCUGGAGCGGAUCGCGAGUGAGUGCCUUAUGGACCCAGAAUCGUAUAAAUAAAAAAUGUGAUAAAUCGU